UAGCUAACGGAUAAGCGUCGUUGUUUGUUGUCGUUCGCUCUUAAAAAUAAUUCGAAUAACAAGUUCUUUACGAAAAAAAAUCGCCGGUACGCCGUUAUUGUGACUAUUUUUUUUUUAACAUUCAGUGCGCAUCGUGCGAAUUUCAAACCAUAUACUGUCAUCAUUUUUAUCGGUCUUGUCAAUUUUCUUAAGACAAAACGUCAUGUAAUCGUAUACCUACGGAUUUCACGAUAAUACUGGUAUCUUGCGAGUCUAGUGCCGUUCGGACCACCGUACUGUACCUUUAUAGGUAUCGAAGAUACGACGACCGAUAAAGAAAUAAUUCACUAACGUGAUAUUUUGCUUUAUAGAUCUAAUGCUUGUGUCAUAAUGAAGCACGAAAGUCAGCACCCAGAGCUCAUUUCAAACGGAAAAGGAAAGCCUUUCAAAAAAAGCAUCAGUUUAAGUGCCCUGGGUCUGGGAAAGCUGUGGCGAAGGCGAUCUGUGACCAUAACCGAGUACGAUCCAUGUUACAAGGUCGUCUAUCUGGGUAACGUCCUCACUGGCAUAGCCAAAGGUGAAAUGUGUGUGGAGAAGCCGCUGUGCAGCCUGUGGAAAAACUACACGUGCAAUCAAAAACCGGACGUGCACAUGAAGCUGACUAUCACACAGUCAGGCUUGAAGGCGUUUACCAAGGAGCAUGGGUUGACCGAAUACUGGAGCCACCGGGUCACCUAUUGCCUGGCGUCGCCGCAAUACCCUCGCAUAUUCUGCUGGGUGUACCGGCACGAAGGCCGCAAGCUCAAGCAAGAACUUCGAUGCCAUGCAGUUGUGUGCACCAAAGAAUCGGUGGCUAGACAGAUCGCAGGUCAACUGCGUGGACGUCUGGCGCAGGCGCUCAAUGAAUUCAAGCGGGACAAGAUCAGCCGACAGAACGCCCGGCUAUCGUUGGCCAACAGCGUGUACGAAAAUCCGUCGUUGCCUCGGCGAAAGAUCCUGUUAUCCACGGGGUCACAUAAUUACAGGCCGCCAUUGGAGCGAUCCAAGUCGGCGCCGCGGCUCGUAUCCAUCGAAGAGAGCUUGGAAGAGGAUGACGAACCAGCCGACUCCUGCGCAGCAUUUAGGAGGUGCCGGGCUGAGAAUCGUUUACGAACCGGCACGCUGCGCAACCGAUUAGGUGGACUCCACGGUUAUAGGGAAACAGCUGCGGCUACUGCAGCAGCCAUUACUGCGGCUACCGCCGCCGCCGCUACUAACGCCACAGUUGAUAGUACUACCGAUGACGCUAAAGUGGUGGGCGACAUCGAAAAACGACUGGCCAAAAACCUGCAGCUCGAGGAAGAUGGAUCAACCGAUGACGGCACAAAACCAUCUCAAGACGUAGAUUGCGAUUCGGUUGAAUCACUACCAUCUUAUCGAGACGUCGUAGCUGAAGAUCAACAGUCCACUUCCUCUUCUUCGUCAUCGACGAUUUGCGUCGAGCAACAGCAGCACGAACUGCUUCCCAAGUACAACGAAGUGAUUGUCGAUUGUCCACAGGGUCCAGAAGACGUGUGCUACAAAUACAACAGUCUGGUCCGAGACCGAAAGAGGCUAUUCGAGAGCAUAGGUGGAGGCGUGGGUAAACGUCGCGAUCAGUUCAAACGUAUGAGCUCAGACUCAGAGCUGCUGGGCGCUUACAACAACCUAGUGAAAAACCGAAAGCUGUUAUUCGAAGGAUGUUGUCCAGACCACGACGGUGACGAUGAUUUAGACGUGGAUGAGGAGGACUUGGAUGAGGAAAAAGACUGUGGAUAUCCGGAUGACGAGUCUACGCCUAGCUUACAGAGCAUAUCCAGUGGUGGGUCAGAUGCGUGCAAAAAGAUUGCCGUUGACCUAGACUCGCUGUCAGAGGAGGACAGCGAUGAGAGUGGUUAUGUGGAAGCGCCGCCGUCACGUUGUCCUGCCGACGUGGCCGACCAUGUAGACAAGGAAAAAGAACUGCACAAACGCAACAAUCAUACUAUGGCCGCCAGGAACGCUUCUGCUCGACGGGUCGGCGCGUAAAAACCGCCCUCCUAAUACCACGUGAAAAAGACUUUUUUUUAAAAUUAUUAUUGAUUUUAUCAUUUUGAAUGUGUUGGUAGUGUAUCGCCAUCAUUUUGUGUCUGGUGUGCACCAAGACGAUACGAUAUAUUAUUAUAAUGACAUGAUAUGUGUUAUUAUUAUAGUAUAUACCAACUAUUAUUGUUAAUAUUAUUAUUGUUGUUGUUAUUCCAAACGUGUGUGACCCCGGCGUGGGCGUGCGUUAGCUGAACAAGAAACAAGGACGCCAAGAAAGAACGACUGCAAAUCGUUAGUAGUAAAAAAAAUUUUAAACAUCACAACUACUAGAACAAGCUCCUCCGUCGUCGUCAUAGAAGUUGUUUUCGCGUGGAAAAAAUAAUCGUUACAAUACUGCAGAUAGCUCAUCGUGAAAAGCAUUGCCUGCGGACAAAAACUUGUUUUUUUCAUUAUUAUUAUUAUUACUAUUACUUUUAACAUUGUAAAAAAAAUCCAACCAGUUAUAACGUAUUUAUUUCAUCUUUUUCAUUCGAAAUUUAAUACACCAUGGCUUUUGUCGUCGUUUGCCACUCGCACCCGUACGUCGUAUAUAAUAUUGUAAUAAUAAUAAUAAUAAUAAUAACAACAAUAAUAAUAUCGUAGAUAAUUAUUACGUUUUGUGUACGUUAUACGUACGUUUAUAUUUUAUUAUGUGUAAAUAUCACAAAUCGACCUAGUCAAGCAAUCGUAUUAUUAGGAAUUAGUGUUUAUAGGUUGCGAAUCAUAUGUUUCAUAGUUUAAUAUUAUGUAUAAUUAUAUAUGUAUAUGUGUGUGUGUGUGUAUGUGUGUGUAUAUUUGUAUGUGUUACUAGGAGGAAUGAAAGGAUAGACCAACAGAAGGACGUAAGAGUAGGAGUGUUUCGUUGAGCCUUUGCAGACAUUUUAUUGUCUUGGAUGAGGAAGUAAAGCAUACGAUUAAUACCAAAUGAGGUGCUAGAUAUAAUUUAUCGAAUUAGACUUUUGGUUAUAUUAUAUUGAGCACUAGUUUCUGUUUAGAUAGAGGUGUGGGCCCACCCUAUACCUAUUAAAAUAUAUAUCAUAUUUACUUUCACAUUUUAUUAUCAUCGUGUACUUUUUAUUUUACCUGUUCGAACAAAAUACGCGACUCUUUAAAAAUUUAAAAAUUGUAAUAUUUUAAAUACACUUAGUUUAGCAACCGACGCUUUUCAUAUAUUUUUUUUAAUUUUUGUAAAACUUCAUUAUUAUAAAAUGUCAACCGACGUUCCUAUGACCUUUUUUUAAUGGUAGAUUUUUAUUUUAAUGGAAAUCAGAGUCGAACAAAAAUUGCUUAAAACCGUUUGUACGAGUAUACUAUUAGCGUAGAUAUAAUAUUUUUUAUAGGUAAGUUUUAUUACGUUGUGUGAAUUCUACCUAGCUGUACCAAACUGAUUAUCGGGAUUAAACAAUAUUAUAUUUAUUAAACUGAAAUUAAAAUAAAGCCGUUUAUUAUAUUACGGGUGUAUCUCAGAUAAUAAAAUAAUUAUUAAUUCUUUGAACCCAAAUCAAUAUGAUAUGUGAUGUACUGAUGCGUCUAGAUAGAAUAAAUACGAAAAUAGAAAUGUUAAACUAUUAGGUAAUAUAGAUAUCACAUAAAUACAUAUAUAUGUUACGUAAGUAUAUUAUUAUAUUGCUGCGCAAUGUUAAUUAAGAAAAUUAUCUGAUUAUUUAGACUUGUUUGAAAUAUUAUCUCGUUCGUUAAUGAACUUGAAAAAUCAUAAUUUAAUGUUUUUAUUUUAUCAAA